AUGUCGGCAGCAGCACCACCCGCCGCCGCCCCCGUCGCACGGGGCGGGCCUUCGCAAAACGCCUUCAAAAACGCCGAUAAGCCAGACGAGGUCAGGAGAUCCAACUUGUCCGCUGCUAAGGCCGUCAGCGACGCCGUCCGCACCUCUCUGGGACCAAAGGGCAUGGACAAGAUGAUUCAGACCUCGAAUGGCGAGGUGGUCAUCACCAAUGACGGUGCCACCAUCCUCAAACACAUGGCCGUCAUGCACCCAGCCGCCCGCAUGCUCGUCGAGCUCUCGCAAGCGCAGGAUGUCGAGGCCGGUGACGGAACCACCUCGGUCGUUGUUGUUGCAGGCAGCUUGCUUGGAGCGGCUGAGAAGAUGCUGAACAAGGGCAUCCACCCCACCAUUAUUGCGGAAUCCUUCCAAAAGGCCGCUACCAAGGCGGUCGAGUUCCUCACCGACAUCUCCACACCCGUCGAGCUCAACGACCGAGAGUCGCUUCUGCGCGCCGCCAGCACUUCACUCAACUCCAAGAUCGUCUCGCAGUACUCGUCUGUGCUCGCACCUAUUGCCGUGGAUGCCGUCACGCGUCUCGUCAUUCCCGCUGCUUCGUCCGGUGCAGCGGCCAAGUCGAGCGCCUCCGCUAUCACAUCUUCCACUGCCAAUGCCACUGCUGCCACUGCUGCUGCUCCAUCAAGCACCACCACCGUCACUCCAGCCUCGCGCGCUUCGCGUUCCACUGACUCGCAAGACAAUGUCGACCUGCGCGACAUUCGAAUCGUCAAAAAGGUCGGCGGCACCAUCGACGACACCGAGCUUGUAGAGGGUCUCGUUCUGGCACAGAAUGUCAUCUCGGGCAGCGGAGGUCCCACGCGCAUGGAGAAGGCCAAGAUCGCCGUGUGCCAGUUCCAGCUGAGCAGCCCCAAGCCCGACAUGGACAACCAGAUCGUGGUCAACGACUACCGACAGAUGGACAAGAUCCUCAAGGAGGAGCGCCAAUACCUUCUCAACAUGUGCAAGAAGAUCAAAAAGACGGGCUGCAACGUGCUCCUCAUCCAGAAAUCCAUCCUGCGCGACGCCGUCAACGAGCUCGCACUGCACUUCCUCGCCAAGCUCAAGAUCUUGGUCGUCAAGGACGUUGAGCGCGACGAGAUCGAGUUCGUCUCCAAGACGCUAGGUGCCAAGCCCAUCGCCGACAUCGAGGCCUUCACCGAGGACAAGCUUGCCUCGGCGGACCUGGUGGAUGAGGUCCAGCAGAACGGUGCCCGUGUCGUCAAGAUCACCGGCAUCAAGAACAUGGGCAGGACGGUGAGCAUCCUGUGCACAGGCGCCAACUCGCUGGUGCUGGAAGAGAGCGAGCGCAGUCUGCACGAUGCGCUGUGUGUGGUGCGAUGCUUGGUCAAGAAGAAGGCCCUCAUCGCCGGUGGCGGUGCGCCCGAAGUGCACGUCUCGCGCCUGCUCUCGCAAUACUCGCAGACGCUCAAGGGCAUGGAGGCGUACUGCUUCCAGGCAUACGCCGAGGCACUCGAGGUGAUCCCUACCACGCUGGCUGAGAACGCAGGAUUGAACCCGAUCAGCAUCGUCACCGAACUGCGCAACCGUCACGCUCUGGGCGAAAGGACCGCGGGUAUCAACGUGCGCAAGGGCCAGAUCACCAACAUUCUGGAGGAGAAUGUGCUGCAGCCUCUGCUGGUCAACACGAGCGCCAUCGAGCUUGCCACCGAGACGGUGUCCUUGUUGCUCAGGAUCGACGACUAUCACCUUUCGCGUUGA